GUGGUGGUGGCUGUUGGGUGCCUUGCAAAAAUGAAGGACGCGGGACGCAGCUCUCUCCUGGAAUCGAACGCAGUGGAUAAACUGAUUGUGCAAGAGAGAAGGAGGAAUGAAGCUUUUUCUUGUGAGUCCUGGAUCUUAACACAAAUGUGUAUAUGUGCACACAGGGAGCAUUCAAGAAUGAAAUAAACCAGGGUUAGACCCGCGGGGGUUGGUGUGUUCUGACAUAAAUAAAUAAUCUUAAAGCAGCUGUUCCCCUCCCCCCGCAAAAAAAAAAAAAAAGGAUGAUUGGAAAUGGAGAACGGAGGAUUCACAAAGAAAAAAGUAUGUUCAUUUUUCUCUAUAAAGGAGAAAGUACACCAAGAAGAUAUUUUUGGAAUGAAAAGUUUGGGGCUUUUUUAGCAAAGUAAAGAACUGGUUCGGUGGUGUUUUCCUUUCUUUUUGAAUUUCCCACAAGAAGAGAGGAAAUUAAUAAUACAUCUGCAAAGAAAUUUCAGAGAAGAAAAGUUGACCGCGGCAGAAUGAGGCAUUGAUUGGGGGAGAGAAACCAGCAGAGCACAGUUGGAUUUGUGCCUAUGUUGACUAAAAUUGACGGAUAAUUGCAGUUGGAUUUUUCUUCAUCAACCUCCUUUUUUUUAAAAUUUUUUUUCUUUUUGCUAUCAAGAUCAUGCGUUUUCUCUUGUUCUUAACCACCUGGAUUUCCAUCUGGAUGUUGCUGUGAUCAGUCUGAAAUACAAUUGGCAAACACACUGCCUAUUUACAGCAUAGAGACCCCAGUGGAGAGCUAGCUUAGAAACAGCCUCAAGGUCCCUGCUUGACUCCAGAGAUGACUUUCCUUGGGAUUCACUUAUCUUACUGCUUGAAUUCCAGAAGGACCAGCACCAGAUAAAUUAUGAAUGUUGAACAAGAUGACCUUACAUCCACAGCAGAUAAUGAUAGGUCCUAGGUUUAACAGGGCCUUAUUUGACCCCCUGCUUGUGGCGCUGCUGGCUCUUCAACUUCUUGUGGUGGCUGGCCUGGUGCGGGCUCAGACCUGCCCUUCUGUGUGCUCCUGUAGCAACCAAUUCAGCAAGGUGAUUUGCGUUCGGAAAAACCUGCGUGAGGUUCCGGAUGGCAUCUCCACCAACACACGGCUGCUGAAUCUCCAUGAGAACCAAAUCCAGAUCAUUAAAGUAAACAGCUUCAAGCACUUGAGGCACUUGGAAAUCCUACAGUUGAGUAGGAACCAUAUCAGAACCAUUGAAAUUGGGGCUUUCAAUGGUCUGGCGAACCUUAAUACUCUGGAACUCUUUGACAAUCGUCUUACUACCAUCCCGAAUGGAGCUUUUGUAUACUUGUCUAAACUGAAGGAGCUCUGGUUGCGAAACAACCCAAUUGAAAGCAUCCCUUCUUAUGCUUUUAACAGAAUUCCUUCUUUGCGCCGACUAGACUUAGGAGAAUUGAAAAGACUUUCAUACAUCUCAGAAGGUGCCUUUGAAGGUCUGUCCAACUUGAGGUAUUUGAACCUUGCCAUGUGCAACCUUCGGGAAAUCCCUAACCUCACGCCGCUCAUAAAACUAGAUGAGCUGGAUCUUUCUGGGAAUCAUUUAUCUGCCAUCAGGCCUGGCUCUUUCCAGGGUUUGAUGCACCUUCAAAAACUGUGGAUGAUACAGUCCCAGAUUCAAGUGAUUGAACGGAAUGCCUUUGACAACCUUCAGUCACUAGUGGAGAUCAACCUGGCACACAAUAAUCUAACAUUACUGCCUCAUGACCUCUUCACUCCCUUGCAUCAUCUAGAGCGGAUACAUCUACAUCAUAACCCUUGGAACUGUAACUGUGACAUACUGUGGCUCAGCUGGUGGAUAAAAGACAUGGCCCCCUCCAACACAGCUUGUUGUGCCCGGUGUAACACUCCUCCCAAUCUAAAGGGGAGGUACAUUGGAGAGCUCGACCAGAAUUAUUUCACAUGCUAUGCUCCAGUGAUUGUGGAGCCCCCUGCAGACCUCAAUGUCACUGAAGGCAUGGCAGCUGAGUUGAAAUGUCGGGCCUCCACCUCCCUGACAUCUGUAUCUUGGAUUACUCCAAAUGGAACAGUCAUGACACAUGGAGCAUACAAAGUGAGGAUAGCUGUGCUCAGUGAUGGUACGUUAAAUUUCACAAACGUAACUGUGCAAGAUACAGGCAUGUACACAUGUAUGGUGAGUAAUUCCGUUGGGAAUACUACCGCUUCAGCCACCCUGAAUGUUACUGCGGCAACCACUACUCCUUUCUCUUACUUUUCAACCGUCACAGUAGAGACUAUGGAACCGUCUCAGGAUGAGGCACGGACCACAGAUAACAAUGUGGGUCCCACUCCAGUGGUUGACUGGGAGACCACCAAUGUGACCACCUCUCUCACGCCACAGAGCACAAGGUCGACAGAGAAAACCUUCACCAUCCCAGUGACUGAUAUAAACAGUGGGAUCCCAGGAAUCGAUGAGGUCAUGAAGACUACCAAAAUCAUCAUUGGGUGUUUUGUGGCCAUCACACUCAUGGCUGCAGUGAUGCUGGUCAUUUUCUACAAGAUGAGGAAGCAGCACCAUCGGCAAAACCAUCAUGCCCCAACAAGGACUGUUGAAAUCAUUAAUGUGGAUGAUGAGAUUACGGGAGACACACCCAUGGAAAGCCACCUGCCCAUGCCUGCUAUCGAGCAUGAGCACCUAAAUCACUAUAACUCAUACAAAUCUCCCUUCAACCACACAACAACAGUUAACACAAUAAAUUCAAUACACAGUUCAGUGCAUGAACCGUUAUUGAUCCGAAUGAACUCUAAAGACAAUGUACAAGAGACUCAAAUCUAAAACAUUUACAGAGUUACAUACAACAAUCAAAAAAAGACAGUUUAUUAAAAAUGACACAAAUGACUGGGCUAAAUCUACUGUUUCAAAAAAGUGUCUUUACAAAAAAACAAAAAAGAAAUUUAUUUAUUAAAAAUUCUAUUGUGAUCUAAAGCAGACAAAAUUAUGUGUAUUCCUCAGAACCUGUUUUUGCUGCACUGACUCACUAUUCUCCCACAUCUCGUUCCUCCCUUCCCCAAUAUCCAUAUUUUUCAUAGGAGAUCUCAAUUCCUUAAAGAAC